GUGAUCACGGGGCGACGUUAUUUGAUACCGAAAAUAAAAUGUGUGAGUACAAAUGAAGUGGUUUGAACGUCAGAACGUCGGGUUUUGUCAAUGCGCAGCCGCUAUUUCUGAUAGUCCCGUUGGCAAAGAGCUCGAAGCUAGUCUAACAAAGUGGCCAAGAUGGCAGAAGGUACGGAGCUUGUGUUCUUCGAUUUACGAGUAGUUCACGACAAUUUUGACAGUGCACUAGUACAGGAUGACGACGUUGACAUUAAAUUAUAUCUCGAUGCUUACAACGAAUUGUACAAGUUCUUUCAACUUAUGGGAACGGUUUUUAGCUUCGUUUCUUCCGAUUUGAAGCAAAAAAUUGAAAUCCUUACCGAACUCUAUUCUAAGGAUGAGCAGAAUUAUAAAACAAUUAAAUCUAUGAUACAGCAUGAAGCGGAGAAUAAUUUACUACAAAAAUCUGACUACGUAAACGGUAGUCGAACCUUGUUGAGAUUACACAGGGGCCUUGACUUCAUUAGAGAAUUUUUGCGGCAGUUGAGCGAUUUAUCAGAAAGUGAUAAGACUUCGGGUUGCUGCCAAGAUGCGUAUAACAAAACGCUCGCGAAACAUCAUCCUUGGAUUAUUCGAAAAGGGGCAAUUGUGGCCAUGUAUGCAAUGCCAACUAGAGACCUUUUAUUCAAAAAGGUCUGCGGGGACAACGUUCAACGCAACAUCGAUGUUUUACCAAAAAUGCUAGAAGUAACUGCCGACGUGUUCAACAGAACUCACAAACUAUACGAUGUGAAUAAACUACACGCCUUGCCUUGAAAAAAUACCUUACAUUAAAAAACACCUCAUUUCGAUCUCUGUUUUGAAUUGUCGUGCAAUCAGCGCGAGCAAUUUGCGCGAAAACGUAACUAGCUCAAUUUACCUGUGAGAAUAUCGUGAGAUUAUCUCACAGGACUUGCAUGCUUCAGUAUGUUCUGUGUAAAUUUCGAUGAAACAGCUUGUGGCGAUCCGUUACACAGCUGCCGCAGGUGCUGUUGAAACAACUUUACUUCUUUCAUGUGUCAUUCACCAGUGUUACAUUUCAUGUCCUUGUAUUGCCAACGAUUAUUCAUUUGGUCUACUUUUAUUUCUUGUACAAAGCGAAAACAUUCCUUUUGUGAUAAUUUUUUAACUAGAGUUUUUAAAAUAUAUCACGCGAAACAGAGGGAAAAAAUCACGCACGCAGGUUAAUUUGUGAAUCUAACUUUAGGUUUGCCGUUGACGUCAUUCAUCGGCAUAAUUUCUGGCGCCAAAAAAAGUAAUCUUCUCCUAUGAUUCACAUUGUAUUUUUGCAGUGGCAGGAUAUUACUGAUUUUUAGUAAUGAAAACGAAUUAAAUUUUUUUUUCCAAGCGUCAGCCAAAAUCAACGCUCUACCGUCAGUAUUCAGCUGUUUGUGUAUGUUAAAAUGAAUAAAAUCUGGUCACGGCUA